UUUCUGCGAAUUUGGAGCAGCUAUGACAGACGAAACUCCUGUUGACGUGAAGGAUGAAGUGGCAGAACUUGCCCCAUUCGAUCCUACAAAAAAGAAGAAGAAGAAGAAGGUUGUUAUUCAAGAUCCUGUGGAUGAUGCUGUGGAUAAGUUGGCUGAGAAAACAGAAAAUUUGUCAGUGACUGACGGACUUGAAAAUACUUUUGCUGGUUUGAAGAAAAAGAAGAAGAAACCUGUAGAAACUGAAACAUUGAAUGAUGAAAAUGGGGAUGCAGGAGAAGAUCUGAAUGACCAUGUUGAUGAGGAUGAAGAAGGAGAAGGGAUUGUACUUGGACAACGAUAUCCUUGGGAGGGAAGUGACCGAGAUUAUGAAUAUGAAGAGCUUUUAGGCAGGGUGUUCAACAUCUUGCGUGAGAAUAAUCCUGAGCUUGCAGGAGAUAGACGUAGAACGGUGAUGAGGCCACCUCAAGUACUCCGUGAAGGCACAAAAAAGACUGUCUUUGUGAACUUUAUGGAUCUAUGCAAGACGAUGCAUAGGCAGCCAGAGCAUGUCAUGAAUUUUCUAUUGGCUGAAAUGGGAACUAGUGGAUCUCUUGAUGGGCAACAAAGAUUGGUUGUUAAGGGAAGAUUUGCUCCCAAGAAUUUUGAAGGGAUUCUGCGAAGAUAUGUCAAUGAAUAUGUCAUAUGCAAUGGCUGCAAAAGUCCGGACACAAUUCUUUCAAAAGAGAACCGUUUAUUCUUUCUCAGAUGUGAGCAGUGUGGUUCAGGACGGUCCGUUGCUCCAAUCAAGGCUGGUUUUGUUGCGCGUGUCGGACGUAGGAAGGCUGGGACAUGAUCUAGGCCCUUUUAUUUCCCCCCCCUCUUUUUCUUUUGUUCCCGCACCCUUUUGUUGGGGACCCUAUGUUCUGGGGGAUACAAUAUCCACUGUUAAGGCAUGAAACUCAAUUCUUUUGCUGAAUUGGUUGUCAUAUUACCAUUGUGAUUUUGACUUAAGCUAUGUUGAGUAUUAGAUUCUUAAUGUCAUGUUAUUUGGUUAUUUAUUUUAAUUUUUUGUUU